CGGGCGGAGCCGGAGCCGAGCGGAGCCGGUGCCGGGGCGGCUCAUUGCGGCGCGCCGCGGCGGCAGCAUGGCCACCACCGUGCCCUGCACCCGCUUCACCGACGAGUACCAGCUCUACGAGGAGAUCGGCAAGGGAGCCUUCUCGGUCGUCCGGCGCUGCGUCAAGCUCUGCACUGGCCAUGAGUACGCUGCCAAGAUCAUCAACACCAAAAAGCUCUCAGCCAGAGACCACCAGAAGCUGGAGCGCGAGGCGCGGAUCUGCCGGCUGCUCAAGCACUCCAACAUCGUGCGGCUCCACGACAGCAUCUCCGAGGAGGGGUUCCAUUACCUCGUCUUUGACCUGGUGACGGGCGGCGAGCUCUUUGAGGACAUCGUGGCGCGGGAGUACUACAGUGAGGCUGAUGCCAGCCACUGCAUCCAGCAGAUCCUGGAGGCUGUCCUGCACUGUCACCAGAUGGGGGUGGUCCACAGGGACCUCAAGCCCGAGAACCUGCUCCUGGCCAGCAAGUGCAAAGGGGCAGCAGUGAAGCUGGCAGACUUUGGCCUCGCCAUCGAGGUGCAGGGGGAUCAGCAGGCCUGGUUUGGAUUUGCAGGCACACCUGGCUACCUGUCCCCCGAGGUGCUGCGCAAAGAGGCCUAUGGCAAACCCGUGGACAUCUGGGCAUGUGGGGUCAUCCUGUACAUCCUGCUGGUGGGCUACCCGCCGUUCUGGGACGAGGACCAGCACAAACUCUACCAACAGAUCAAGGCUGGGGCCUACGAUUUCCCUUCACCUGAGUGGGACACGGUCACCCCCGAAGCCAAAAACCUCAUCAACCAGAUGCUGACCAUCAACCCCGCCAAGCGCAUCACAGCCCACGAGGCCCUCAAGCACCCGUGGGUCUGCCAACGCUCCACCGUGGCCUCCAUGAUGCACAGGCAGGAGACAGUGGAGUGCUUGAAAAAGUUCAAUGCCCGGAGGAAGCUCAAGGGUGCCAUCCUCACCACCAUGCUGGCCACCAGGAACUUCUCAGUGGGCAGACAGACCACCGCUCCUCCCACCAUGUCGGCGGCCGCUGCCGGGGCCCCGCUGGGGCUGGUGGAACAAGCAGCUAAGAGCUUACUGAACAAGAAGGCGGACGGCGUCAAGCCCCAGACCAACAGCACCAAAGGCAGCGCCGGCGUCACCAGCCCCAAGGGCACCCUCCCGCCCACCGCUCUGGAGCCUCAAAGUACCGUAAUCCAUAACCCCGGGGACGGCGCCAAGGAGUCCUCCGACAGCACCAACACCACCAUCGAGGACGAGGACACCAAAGCCCGCAAGCAGGAGAUCAUCAAGAUCACGGAGCAGCUCAUCGAGGCCGUCAACAACGGCGACUUCGAGGCCUACGCGAAGAUCUGCGACCCGGGGCUCACCUCCUUUGAGCCCGAGGCGCUGGGCAACCUCGUGGAGGGGAUGGACUUCCACCGCUUCUAUUUCGAGAACUUGCUCUCCAAGAACAACAAGCCGAUCCACACGACCAUCCUGAACCCGCACGUUCACGUUAUCGGGGAGGACGCGGCGUGCAUCGCCUACAUCCGCCUGACGCAGUACAUCGACGGGCAGGGCCGGCCCCGCACCAGCCAGUCCGAGGAGACGCGCGUGUGGCACCGCCGCGACGGCAAGUGGCAGAACGUGCACUUCCACGGCUCGGGGGCCCCGGUGGCCCCGCUGCAGUGAAGAGCUCCGGUGGCUGUCCUGGUUCCAGCCCGAUGGAGACGGCGAUGGGAGCCGAUGGCAGCCGGAGCUGCGGCCCCCCGAGCACGCGUCCGCAUGCCUGUCCCCCCUACCCCGGCCCCGCUUCCCCCUCCGGUGCCUGUGUUUGCAGAAAACAAAAAAAAAAAAAAAAA